AUGUAUAUAUUUAUUUUAUUGACAUAUGCUUAUGCAUAAAUUGAAUGUCACAAAGAUGAUUUAGUCACAACUUGUCAGUUGGAUUCCUUUUCAUCAUUUAUGAUAACUUAUGAAAAAAAGACUUCGGAUACAAUGUAUUUGUUUAUUGGUGCAAAACCUGGUCAAAGGUAUUUAUGUUUCCUUUAUUCAGUGCUCUCUUCUUUGAUUAAUUAGGUGUAGGUCCCAAUUCUACUUAUGAAAAGUGGACUGAUCUAGGUCAUUUAAUGUUUCUUGAUCUUUAAGGAGCUGGAUAUACAACAACCACUAAAACUCCUAAAUCUAUUGUUGAAUAUACCUAUUAGUAUGUUACUGCCUUCAAUACUUUUAAAGAUUAAUUGGAAUAUAAAUUUACACGUCUAUACAUAGUUACAAGUGGUAUUUCUUCAAAAGUGGCCUUGGAACUUGCUUUGCAAUUAAAAGCAUAUGGAACCAUUUUAUUUUCUCCAUUAUUGAAUCUUUUUGAAAACAUGCGUUAUUUACCUAUCUCAGCCUAUCAUAUGGGAUUGAUAGAUUUUUAAGAAAGACAAGCUUUAGAACUCUCUGUGAUGACCAUAAAUCAACCCAAAUUUAGUGAUUACUAAAUUUUAGUUAAUAAGGUUUCAAAAAUGAGUGGAGAUAUGCUUGUAUCUGAUUUUAGAAAAUUUGAAUUGUAUUUUAAUAUUAAAUAUUCCAUAGUGAUAACUCUACAAUCAUUUUGACUGAUAUUAUGAACUCAUAAGAAGUUAAAGAUAAAUAUCAUGCUAAUUCUAGAUUUUUUAAGACUUUUGAUAAUUAUAUCUUUAAUAAUCUGACAGAUUCCUUAUCUUAAAAUAUUGAUUUGGAUAAAUAUUUGAAAUGUAUUUAUUAAAUCAUACUAUUUAGAACUUAAAAUUAUCUGUUUGAUUCCACAAUUUUCAAUUGCUACAAAUAUUUAAGGAACUCUAAGUUAUCUAUUACAGUUCAAUCCUUUUAAAGACUAACCCUUUACACAAAAUUUAAAUGAAGAUUAAUUUGCAAUUUAUGCCAAUAUUGGAUCCAUUUAUAUAAUUUAUAAUAGUGGUGAUAAAAUGUAUUAAGAUCAAUCAGACAUAAUUAAAAAAAUUAUAGGAAAUUAGUGA